AUGAAGAUCUUCCUCAUCCUUGCCCUCCUUGCCGUGGUGGCGACCAUGGCCAAUGCCACUGUACAGCUUGAUCCUAGAGGCCAAGAUCAGCCAUUUCCGCAACCACAACAACCAUUCCCACAACCACAACAACCGUUUCCACAAACUCAACAACCGUUUCCACAACCUCAACAACCGUUUCCGCAAUCACAACAACCAUUUCCGCAACCACAACAACCGUUUCCGCAACCACAACCACAACAACCGUUUCCGCAACCACAACAACCAUUUCCGCAACCGCAACAACAACAACCGUUUCCACAACCCCAACAACCGUUCCCGCAACCAUUGGUGCAGCAACAACAACCGCUUUUCCAGCAAAUUAUGCAACAACAGUUGAACCAGUGCCAAGAGUUCCUCGUGCAGCAGUGCAAACCAGUGGCGAAAGUGCCGUUCCUCUCGUGGAUCUUUCAACAGAGCAGCUGCCAGGUGAUGCAACAACGAUGUUGCCAACAACUGGUGCAGAUCCCAAAGCAGCUCCGGUCCCCCGCCAUACAUAGCAUCGUGAACGCCAUCAUCGUGCGGCAGCAACAACAACAACCAUUCCAGCCUCAGCCACAACAGGUGGGCCAGGGUUUCAUCCAACCUCAGCAGCUAGCUCAGUUCCAGGCGAUGAGGAUGUAUGCGCUACAAACCCUGCCGGCGAUGUGCAAUGUGGAGGUCCCGUUGUACUAUUCCACGGACCCAUUCGGCAGCAUCGGCAAUCAGCUAUACAUUACAGCCAGUUCAGUUUUGGAGCCUGAUCUGGAGCUCCCGCUGCCUCGAUCCGCUGCCUCCGGCCAUCAAUGUUGCCGGCCGGCCGGCUGUCUUCGGGCCCAUCCCGGCCGUCUUCUCAUCUCGCCGGCGCCAACACCGGCCGUGCCCGGCCCCGGCCCCGGCCGUCCCGCCGGCACAUCUACCGGCCGCGUCUUCUGCAGGCCCGUCCUGGCCGUGCCUCUGCCGGCCGCCUUCGCCUCGGGUCCUGCCGUGCCUCUGCCGGCCGCGCCGCCUGCCGGCCAGCCCCGGCCGUACCUGCUGCUGGCCGCCUUCGCCUCGGGCCCGGCCGUGCCUCUGCCGGCCGCAUCCGCGUCGGCCCGCCCCGGCCGUGCUUGCUCCGGCCGCUGCUCCGGCCGGCCACGAAAAUCUGGAUCGGGCCAGAUCCAGAUCUGA